GUUCAUAUUAAACCAACUAAAUAUAAUGUGGCGCAAUGGAUUGCCGUAUGCUAUUUAGUUUGAAUUUCGGAAACAACUUGUCUGUCUGAUCACAGUAUGGAAGUUGCACUUGUUGUGCUUUACUUGGUUGCUUUAGGACACGGAUCGGACACAAAUAUUGCUUUACACAAGUCCGCGCGUCAGUCGUCACUGUAUGGAUCUGGUUUUCCCUCAUUGGCGGUUGAUGGGAAAAAAGACCAAUACUAUGGUAACCGAAGCUGUUCCCAUACAUAUCACAAACACAACGCAUGGUGGGAAGUGGAUCUGUUCGGAUUUUACGAGAUAGACAGAGUGGUCGUGUUCAACAGAAGGGAUUGUUGUUCCCACAGAUUGCGCAAUAUCAGUAUCGAAGUGUUUUGGAACGACCGACUUAAGUUCGUAAACGAGGAACCACUUUUGUGCGGCACGUAUCCUGGAACAGUUGGUGUCAGUGCCACCAUCAGAUGUCCGACCGGUGUCCGGGGACGUUUUGUCAAGAUAACUCUCUACAACCCGAACCAGUAUCUCACCCUGUGUGAAGUACAAGUGUACGGAGUUGCAACACCUAAACCAGGUGCUGCAUUUGAACCUCUGUCAGACAUCAGCUGGACAUCAUCCUACCCACUUGACAGGUCCUCCAUGCACCAGUGUGGUGACACGUGCUUCAGAACCGACACGUGUUUUGCUUUCGACUACAAUUUUCAGUCACACGAGUGUCAGCUGGUUGGCAAUGACACAUACACCCCUAAAGGAGAACCUUGGGUAUAUUUUGGCCUCAGGAGACUGAUCAAAACGCCUAAUUGUCAUUAAAUUACCACCUUUGUGUGUUAUUUCUAAUGGUCGAUGACAACUCUGUGUAUAAUUUGAUAGUUCCUACUACAUUUUCGUAAAAAUGUAAACUAUUAGUAUCAUAACAGCUGUCUAUGUAUAUUUGCACGGUUUUGUCUUGUGCAGGUUUAUUUGAUAAAAACUGUCUUGAGAGUGGCAAGCCUCCUGUUGACGACUGAACAGCAAGGAUGUAUCAUUGUGGGUGUGGCUUUCCUAUGGAUAAAGGACAUAGCAGUGCUUCUUGGUACCAUCAGGAUCUUGUUAAAACAAAAUAAAAACACACAAAAACAAAAACAACUUUGAUUUGUUUAUUUACAAGUAUUUAACUGAUGAGUAUGAUAAGUGUUUCAUCGUUCAUAUUUGAUGUUACAGAACAAUAUGAAAGACUAAACUGUAACAAAUGAUCAGGACCGUAUCUCUGCACAAAACAGCGUCAGAUUAGCCAUUUGGCAAAAUUGUGGAUGAUUCCAUGAAACUAUCUAGUGCCUCGUCCACAGUUGGAGAGCCGUUCCCGCUGAGAUUCCCACACUGGAGGCCUCAUCCCCCUGCAUAGGCACAACGAAAACUGCCACUCCCAGACUAGUUUACUAAGUCGAAACUAGCACCGACUUGAUUUGUUAACGAAUACAAAUGCAAAACCCCUCAGUUUGUAUAUAUCCAUAUUUGC